AAAAUUAAAAAAAAAAAAUUGCAUAUUUAUAAUAAAAACUUUGUGAUUUUAUUUUUAGGAAAGCAAUCAAAAUUAAAAGAAUACACAGUCCAAAUGACAGUCACAGCAGCCAUUGUGAUCGCGGCGCUCUUUCAAAUUGUACUGCGCACCUCCUUUUUCUUCGAACAGGAGAAGGGCCUCUGCUCACCGGCGCCCUCACUAGCCAGUUGGAUAUUCCUCAUUGCGCUGUUGGAUCUCAUCUCGGAUCUAUGCCUCUAUCCGGUACGUUACAUGCAUUUGCCGUACUUCUGUCAGGUGAUCGUCGAGACCAUUGUCACCAUUUUGCUAACGGAAUUCGGCGCCAUAAUCGUCUGGUGCACGCUGGAGAAACUCUUUUGGCGGCUCAUCAAAUCAUUCCUCUUGAUCAUGGGCAUGUCCACCGCGACCUAUGUCAACUAUGAAUCACUCAUAUUGGGUCUGACAACCACCUCCAUCAGUUUGGGCAUAUUGGCGUUUGUCGGACAGGCGACCGAUCACUUUCACUUGAUACGUAAGAAAUAUCAGCGUAUUGAGCGCAAAGUCACUUUGAACAUGGAAAUGUUCUGGGAUUAUGUGAACGGCUACAGUGGCUCACGUGGACGUUGCAAACCCAUGUACGAUUGCUCAUCGGAAGAUUUCGAGGAGAUCUGUUGUCCGAAGCGGCGACGCAAGCGCCGAAGAUGUUGAAAAUUUAUACAAGCCUUUCUGAUUUGGAAUACUUCGGCUGUGUGUCUAUGCGUUCCAGCAAAGUGUUUUGUGGCAUUGCGUGCGAGCUUUUUAUGUGUUUGUGCAUAAUAUUUGUCUAUGUGUCCCUGAAUGUACUCGUGUGUAACAGUUAGCAUGUGCUUGACCCGAAAGGUUAAUAAUAAAAUGUAGUGUAAUUUUCA